ACUCAUCUUCCUACCAGAUGUACGGGAUGGAGUCGUCAUGUCUGGACCUGGCGCUGGAAGGCGAGCGGCUCUGUAAGGCUGGUGACUACCGAGCCGGUGUGUCUUUCCUAGAAUCCGCCAUCCAGGUUGGAACAGAGGACCUCCAAAUCCUCAGCGCCAUCUACAGUCAACUGGGAAAUGCCUACUUUCACCUGCAGGAGUAUAACAAAGCCCUGGAGUACCAUCGCCAUGAUCUCACACUUACUAGAACCAUUGGAGAUGAACUUGGUGAGGCCAAAGCCAGCGGUAACCUUGGGAACACAUUAAAGCUUUUAGGACGGUAUAAUGAAGCAGUGGUUUGUUGCCAACGACAUUUGGAUAUCACCAGAGCCAUGUAUGAUAAGGUUGGGCAAGCUCGAGCGCUGUAUAAUUUCGGGAACGUGUACCAUGCCAAGGGCAAGGGCAUCUGCUGGAGUGGAGCGGAGCCAGGAGAGUUUCCAGAGGAAGCGAGAGUUGCUUUGAGGAACGCUGCACAAUACUACGAAGCAAACCUGAGCCUGGUGAAGGAGUUAGGCGAUCGAGCAGCCCAGGGUCGCACAUAUGGAAACCUUGGUAACACAUACUAUCUGCUGGGGGACUUUGAAACGGCAGUAGCAGCACAUGAAAAGCGGCUACUCAUCGCUAAAGAGUUUGGGGAUAAGUCUGCUGAGAGGAGGGCACAUUGUAACCUUGGUAAUGCUCACAUAUUCCUCAGCCAGUUUGAAGUGGCAGCUGGUCAUUACAAGAGGACUUUGCAGCUGGCCAGGCUUUUGAAGGACAAGGCGGUGGAGGCCCAGGCCUGUUACAGUUUGGGAAACACCUACACACUACUGCAGGACUAUGAGAGAGCCAUUGAUUACCAUCUCAAACAUCUGGUAAUUGCUCAGGACCUCAAUGACAGAGUCGGUGAAGGAAGAGCAUACUGGAGUCUAGGAAAUGCCCACACAGCCCUAGGGAAUCAUGAGCAAGCCAUGUACUUCGCGGAAAAACAUCUGGAAAUUGCUAAAGAGACUGGAGACAAAAGUGGCGAGGUGACUGCAAGGAUGAACUUGUCAGACUUACGGCUGGUUGUAGGCCUGAAGUCCAACCCCAACAUCGGUUCCAACAUCUUCCGCAACACCAACACAAAUAGCUCUGGUCUGCCAGUGAGCCACCAGGGCUUCCUCAACCUCUCAGGGGCGAAGACUCCAGCAAGGAGGAUAGUCAGCACAGAGGACCUGGAAAUGAGUCCAAGUCCUGACAAAAAUCCAGCUGGCAGUUCACCAGUACCUCCAGACUGGGAGGAAGAUGUGUUCCCGAAGUCUUCAAAAACAGACACAAUUAAGGCUUCCACUAAACUUUUCCUCUUUCAUCGGCUAAGAAGCAAGAAGCACAAGAAAUUCUCUCCUAAAGGCCAGCAUGAAAACGGCACAGAACCCUCAGCACCUGAACUGAACCGACCGGAGUCACCUUUGCACGGGUCACGGGACACAAUCGGAGAGGAUGGCUUUUUCGAUCUCCUCUCUCGUUUCCAGGGCAACAGGAUGGAUGACCAAAGGUGCUCUCUACUGGAUGGCCAGAGCCAUGACACUGCCCAUUCCUCUCCCUCCUCCACCCCACCUGUAGCUGAAAGGAAAUCUAUUUUGGAACACGAACCCCCCUUGCAGGAUCCUGGUCAUUUCCUGGAGCUGCUGGCCAGCUCCCAGGGCCGUCGUUUGGACGACCAAAGAGUCAGCAUGAGCCAUUUUCCUGGCUUGAAACUCAGCACCUCCAACCCGCCUCGUACACUCUCCACCUCCAGCACAGAUCAAGUCCCCACACAAGCCCCAAUCUCCAGUACAGAAACACCUCACACACCCUCCCUAUACAGUCGUAUCGAGGCCAGCGCUGACCAGCCUGAGGGGGAUGAUGUCUUCUUUGAUAUGCUAGUAAAGUGCCAGGGCUCCAGGCUGAAUGACCAGAGGUGUGCUGCACCAUCUUCUCCAACAAGAGGACCAACUGUUCCAGAUGAAGAUUUUUUCAGUCUCAUCUUGCGUUCCCAGUCCAAUAGGAUGGAGGAACAGCGGGUCCUGCCGCCAUCUGGUCUCGCUCAAUCCAAACCAGACUGAUUUAAUGGAGCUAUUUUAUCAUGUUCUCUCAGGAUACAAGAUGAAGUCACCAAGCUUCCAUUAUUUUAUUAUUUUUUUAAAUCAAAAUUUUGAUUUUUAACCCACUCUACUUGACUCUUGCCUUUCUGGAUUAUCCAACAAUGUUCCUG